CUGGCGACUGGGCAGGCGGCGGAGGCGCGGGGCCUGGUCCCGUCGUCAGUAUGGCCAAGACCGUCGCCUAUUUCUACGACCCGGAUGUAGGCAACUUCCACUAUGGGGCUGGACACCCUAUGAAGCCCCAUCGCCUGGCAUUGACCCAUAGCCUGGUUUUGCACUACGGUCUCUAUAAGAAGAUGAUCGUCUUCAAGCCAUACCAGGCCUCCCAGCAUGACAUGUGCCGCUUCCACUCUGAGGACUACAUCGACUUCCUGCAGAGAGUCAGCCCCACCAAUAUGCAAGGCUUCACCAAGAGCCUUAAUGCCUUCAAUGUGGGUGAUGACUGCCCAGUGUUUCCCGGGCUCUUUGAGUUCUGCUCCCGUUACACAGGCGCAUCUCUGCAAGGAGCAACCCAACUGAACAACAAGGCCUCAGGCUUCUGCUAUGUCAAUGACAUUGUAAUCGGCAUCCUGGAACUGCUCAAGUACCACCCUCGGGUGCUCUACAUCGAUAUUGACAUCCACCAUGGUGAUGGGGUUCAGGAAGCCUUCUACCUCACUGACCGGGUCAUGACAGUGUCCUUUCAUAAAUACGGAAAUUACUUCUUCCCUGGUACAGGUGACAUGUAUGAAGUUGGGGCAGAGAGUGGUCGCUACUACUGUCUCAAUGUGCCCCUGCGGGAUGGCAUCGAUGACCAGAGUUACAAGCAUCUUUUCCAGCCAGUUAUCAACCAAGUAGUGGACUUCUACCAACCCACAUGCAUUGUGCUCCAGUGUGGAGCUGAUUCUCUGGGCUGUGAUCGAUUGGGCUGCUUUAACCUUAGCAUCCGAGGACAUGGGGAAUGCGUCGAAUACGUCAAGAGCUUCAAUAUCCCUCUGCUGGUGCUAGGUGGUGGCGGCUAUACUGUCCGAAAUGUUGCACGCUGCUGGACUUAUGAGACGUCACUGCUGGUAGAAGAAGCCAUUAGCGAGGAGCUUCCCUAUAGUGAAUACUUCGAGUACUUUGCCCCGGACUUCACGCUCCAUCCAGAUGUCAGCACCCGCAUUGAGAAUCAGAACUCACGCCAGUAUCUAGACCAGAUCCGCCAGACAAUCUUUGAGAACCUGAAGAUGCUGAACCACGCACCUAGUGUCCAGAUUCAUGAUGUGCCCUCAGACCUCCUGACCUAUGACAGGACUGAUGAGGCUGAUGCAGAGGAGAGAGGUCCUGAGGAGAACUACAGCAGGCCAGAGGCACCCAAUGAGUUCUAUGAUGGAGACCAUGACAACGACAAGGAAAGCGACGUGGAAAUUUAAGGGCGGCUGGGAAUGCUCUGUGCCAAGGAAUUCCUUUUCACCUCUUGGUUGGGCGAAGGGAGAAGGUGUGGCUCCGCAGUCCUGGACUGGUCACCCGCAGGGUUUGUUACCAACUCUGGGGAAGGGUUUGGAGACCACAUCUGGUUAUAGACCAAUUAUCCUUCCCCUUUCCUUUCCCUCCCAAGGCCUGACAGCGAUACCUGUUAGGGAGGGGACAGAGGCAAGGACAACUGCCCUGGGUCAUUUUGGGCAGUGAGCCCUAGAGGCCAGUCCUUAGCCCCUCUGGCCCCCUUACUCCUUCCCUGCUUCCCUCCAACCACAGAUCUUUAAGACUGAAGGGGUAGGCAGGACUGAGGUUGCCUCUGCUUCCUCCUCUCCUGGGUUCUGCUGCAGGCCUUGCUUCCAGGGCAGGUGAAGAGAGAGCUUUUCAGAGGGCUCUGGCUUCGUAACAACAGAGGGAAGUGCGGUUUUGAGUAGGGGGAGGAUAUGGAAAUGUCAUGUUCUAAUUUUUUUGGCUUUAUGUCCAUUUUACUACUGUUCUUAUCCAAUAAAUCAAGUUGGUAUUUUUUGUACCUUUUGCUUUUCUGGGAAUACUCUUUAUUCUUGCUAGCUGUCCAUGUAUGAAGGGAAGGGGAAAUGGGAGUGAUGAUGCAUAUAAUUAAAACCAUAGUUAGCAUUCAUUCAGCACUUAUUCAGUGUUAGGCCCUGUGCAUGUGUUCUACAUGUGUGACAUGGAUUAUUUUACUCAUAUAUAGGGAGUUAGUAAUAGAGCGUUCUGUUAAGAGUUAGAUAAACCUGCACAGAUCACUAGUUUAAGAGGAGUAGAAGAUGACUCCAGGGUUUUGAACCUGGGUGUUUGGAAUAACAAUGCUAGUUGGUGAAGAUACAUUGACAUGAAACAUGUCAAGUGCAUAGCACAGUGCCUGACAAGUAGUUACUUAUUAUCUUAACUGUCUAUGUAAAAAGCAAUCCUAGAUACUGUAGUAGCCACUGGGAGAGUUUACAAUGCAGUAAGGGAGAGUUAGAGAUUCAUAUGAAGUUGAUAAAUGUUAUAGCAGAUAUAGACAGUGAUAGAAUAAAGAAGAAUAGAUGGGUCACUCUUUCCGUCCUUUGAUCCUGUCUGUUUCACAACACCCUAGCUUAGAAAAUAAGUAGCUUUUGAACUUUGUUUUGGACAAGUUGAGUUUGAAGUGUGGGCUGUACAGGUCGAUGCAGCUUUCCAUCAGGCAAUUAGAAGGUCUGGAACAUGAGAGAUGAAGGCCAGAUUUAGAAGCCAUC